CAGCGUUGGUGACAAACGAGCAAAAGCAUCGAACAUCAAGUUAUGUUGGUAGCGGAAGAAUUAACUUAAUGCAUUUUUGUUGCGAACUUGAGGAAUAUUAAAUAUAUUUCUAAAAAACGCUGAAAACAAAAGAAAUAUGUAUUAAAUCUGGGGUGCACAUAUAAGGAAAAGAUCAGUGAGAAAGUGUUGCGGCUUCCAUUUGAAUGCUAAUAAGAAGUGUGAAAAAAGGUGUGAAUAGUUUGAAAAUCAAUAACAAAACGAAAUUGGGGAAGAAGUGCAUUUCUACUGGAGCAAAUAUGUUUUUAUUUUUUAUUUUGAGAAUAUAAGAAAGUGUAUUGUUGCUUCAAUGCAUUGCAGUGCAAAUUUUUAAACGUAUUUGAAAUUGAUAAAUUCAAUGAAAAAUGUACGCGAAGUUGGCGUUGGACGGGAUCAUUGGUAGAAUUAGCUAAUACGGUGGUUUUGAAUCCGGUACGAGUGUACAUAGGUACGAGUAUUUUUUUGCCACUGUUGCGCGUUACGUAGAAUAAUCAGUCCGUGAGUUUGGUAAUUUCUUCGCGUUUUAACAUCGCUUUUGUUGCUUUCCUCAUUGUUCUUUGCGUCCCGGGUGCCGUGAUGUGAAUUAAUUAUUUUUGUUUUUCCUUAUUUGAGUGUGUCUGUACAGACGUCUACUGAUGGUGCUUUAGUGGAUUACAUUGUAAUGAUUCCCUUUUGAAAGUUUUACUUCCUUUCAUGGUUUCUUGUUGUAAGCGUAAAAUUACGAACCAACCGCUAAUAAAAAAUGAAGUGAAGUGAACAAAGCGACAAAUUAAAGAAACAGAAAACGGUUAAUAAGGUCAAAAUCAACAAAAAAUAUCAACGAUUGUUGGUUUAGUGGAUAAACUUAUGAGUUGGUGAUUCAUUGCUGUAAAGUCACACCAAACCACAAAAUACAGUUAUUGUGUUCACAAGCGAAACCGUGCAGUAGUUAGCAGCCUGCCAACUAGCCAUUUCAAUUCAAGCGGGUAGUGGACUACUUUAACGUGGUCCGGCGUAUACUGAGCGGUAUUACGCGCGAUAAGAACAACAAACUUCUGCAUGAUUGCAGUAUUCCUGCUGCUUCUUUGUUGCUGUGCACCUUCACCCUACAACAACUAACUAAACUUCAUUUGGCACACUCUACCGCAGUACAAUAUGGACGUUGGAUCACUAGGAGUUUCCGCCAUUGUCGAGUAUGAUUAUGUGGGCAAGGAACCCGAUGAGCUGGACUUAGUCAAAGGUGCUCUUAUACACAACAUUAAACAGAUGCCGGGUGGCUGGUGGGAAGGCACACUGCAAUCUACAGGCGAAACAGGCAUGUUUCCGGAUAAUUUUGUGCGAGUUAUUGAUAACAGCGACGAAAAUAAAGUCACAAUGAGGGACAAAGCAGCAACAGCCAAUCGUCGCUGUAAAGUCAUCUUCAGCUACACACAAGUCAAUGACGACGAAUUGUCGCUGGCCGUGGGUGAUGUCAUUGAAUUCCUGGGGGAGGUCGAGGAAGGCUGGUGGCGUGGACGUUUAAAAAACAAAAUCGGUGUAUUUCCAUCGAAUUUCGUUACCGUUAUCGAGCCAUCACCUAUUUUGGCCAGUAAACGACCAGCUGCCGGUCCUGCCGCUACAUCAACACUAAAAACAGCUGCAACUUCUGCCGCCUCCACCGCAAUAGCAACGCCAAAUGUCGGUGCUAGUAGUUCCACAUCAUCGACUAGCACAAACACAGUAACCGCCAGUUCAACAACGAAGAAAAUGAAUCGCAUUAGUUUUCACAGCUCCAAAGAGGAUCUAUUGAAUAUUAGUAGCAUAAGCAGCGGCAACUCCAACGCGCCAUCGACCAGCACAAACAACACAUCAAUGGAUGAUGUUGCACCAUCGUUGCCACCAAAACCGCAACGGGAGUACUGUCGCGUCGAGUAUCCGUAUACGCCACAAAACGACGAUGAGCUGGAGUUGAAAGUGGGCGAAAUCAUCACGAUCAUCAGCAUGGAAUUGCCGGACAAGGGUUGGUGGAAGGGCGAGUUGCAGGGCAAAGUUGGUGUAUUUCCAGAUAAUUUCGUCAAACUGUUAGACGUCACAUCACUGAGCGACUCACAACCACAUUCCCAACGUACUGCCAAAGCAUCUAAUGCUACUGCUGCCACCGUUGCCGCCAACACAGCCCAUCUGAGAUCAGCCAUUGGUUCGGCAGCCACAUCGGCGGCGCACACCACAGCUGCUACAUCGAAAGUGUUCGUCAAGAAGUCUGGCAGUAAUUCGUCGACGCAAAGCUCUAACCGCUUACAGAGCGGCAAUGUUGCUGCACAACGCAAAUCGUUGGAGAAUAAAAAUCUAGAUUUGGCAGCGAAUGCGGCGGAUGCAAGCAAUCGUUUGGCAUUGAAGAAGCAACAGUUACAGCAGCAACAACAACAACAACAUUUGCAAGAGACGAAGGCGGUAUUGACCAAUAACGGUAAUAUUACAACAACGACCACAACAACAACCAGCAUGUCGUCCAGCUCAGCCGCAGUUGCCAAUGAGUUGCGCAAGAGCUUGGAGAGUCUGGACGAGAAGACGAAGACGCCACCGCCGGUGCUGACGAAGAAGCCCACCGUGACGACGAAAAAACCGUCGAGCGUUUCAGGAGUUGCAAGCAACCUCUUUGGCUUCGGGAAGCAAAAGACGAAAAGCACCGACAGCAAACUUGCCACAGCUGCAUCACAGGACUUCGCUGAUGGCAUGUGCGCUAGCAAGAGUAGUCAGGGUGAUGGAGUUGUGAUGCGUCGCGCCGCCACCAUAGCGGUGGAGGACUCCGAUUUCGAUCAUCUAGAACGCGCCUCCAUACUGACAGACAUGCGUGCUGGACGUGUUAAAGCGCCGAAACGCCGUCCACCCUCGGCGGCUAUUAACAUAAUUGGUGAAAGCAACAAUAACGAUACGAUUUACCUCAAUGGCAGCAGCAGCGGUGGCGCUGCAUCGAGUAGUGAACUUUCACAAGAUGAAAGUAAACUGCUAUCAUCCGAUGAUAAUUCGACCGGCGAGGAGCAAUUGGCAAAACCGAAGCCACGCGAAUGGGAGAAGAAGAAGGCGCCGUGGAUGGAGGAACUGAAAGCAUCACAAGUCAAGAAGAAGACAUCGCCCAGUGUGGAGCCGCGCUCACAAGGCAACACCUCGGUGGCCGAUCGUACAUCACGACUACUGGGCGACGAUGCCAAAUUGACUAGCAGCAACCACACAACUACAAGCAGCAGCAGUACUCACAGUAGUAGCAGCAGCUCCACCACUACCACAAAAGUACAGACCUCCUCGGUUUCGUCGAGUAUAAUGCAGCAAUCGAUGACUGUCGAAAAUAGCCAACAAAUAUUGAAGAAAGAACUUAAUUCCAACACUAUUGCUGACAUCAUGACCAAAAGUAUGAGCAAUAAAUUUACAACUGACUCAUCGACGCUUGCGAACGCUACACAUGCCACCAAUAACACCACUGUCACCGAUGAUGUGCGCACGCGACCAAACAGCCUUUCGAUACGUAAUCGCAGUAUGUCACCUUCGCUAGCGGAAAGUAGCGGCAGUAGCAGUGCGCGCACGACAGCAAUGAAGAGUAACGCUUCACCAGCACCAGUGGCCAAUAAUGAGCCAAGUUCUAAUGGUGCGGCGGCGAGCUCAUCCACACUAGUUGCUGGCUCUGUGGUGUCAGCGGCGACGACGGCGGCGGCGUCUAGCCAAAAUUCAAUAGGUGCUAAUAGCCAUUAUUAUCAACGGACCAGCAACACUGCAGCGCCAACGGGCGGUGAUAAUACGCGCAUAGGCGAGCUGGAGCGGCGUGUUGGCAAAUUGGAGUUGACUGUGGUGUCACAACAGCGUACCAUCGACGAACUGAUGCGGCUGCUGCGCGAGGAGACAGAUCGUGUGAAGGUGUUGCGUGGCGAACUGGACAAAUAUGCACAGUGCGUGACGCAAGUUUAAUUGCCUACCUAUAGUUGUUCUGCUUGUUGUUGUUAGCAAAAUGUAGCAGAGUGUUUGGAGUAGUGGUGUGGUUGGUAGUGGAUGUGUGCCCCAGUCUCUUAGAGCCCCAGCUUGCAGUGCGCUUGUAGAGAUAGAGUGAAGGAAGGGAGCCUAGUUUUUUACUUACCUGCAUAUUUUACUGCAUUCCAAUUUAUUAUAUACUAUAUUUACAUAUAUACAAGUAUAUGUAGGUAUGUAUGUAUGUAUUGUUUUUGAUUUUCCUUCUUUAAUUAUGUGAUUAAUUUAAUUUUCGGGCAUUGUAAAAAAGUCCCACAUGUAGGAUAACGAAAGUUUUUGCGAACAGUGGACCCGUAGUUAUACCAAGUAUUUGCAUACAUAUGUAUGUAUACAAUUAUUUAGAUUUAUUUUCAUUUUUCAAAAGUGUUAAUAUGUUUCUGCAUGCUCUUCCUGCUGCGCCCACGAUGGGAUCGUAUAGCGGUUAAGCGGCAUUUAUCUUUAUUUCGAAUGAGUUGCUUUAAUCGAUUGCUGAAAUAAUUACAAAUGCGUAGUAAGCAUCCCUAUAAAAGUGUAAAAUACACAAACGAUAUUAGUAAACGAUAAAUGUAACAUAUCACGCUGUUCAAGACAUUUUCUAAAAAAUAAAACCAUUAGAGUCUAACAAAAAUAAGUCUUGUAUGGCAGUACUUAACAUGAGAAUGCUCCUCUUUAGAAUAAAGUAAAAAAAAAAAGAAAACAACAGCAAUAUUGGGAUGUAUAGGUUUAAUAUCUACAUAAAAAAUUAAGUAUUUUUCUAAAAAAUAAAAAACAAAAAGCAAAACAUAGCUUAAACACUAAAGUUUGUCGAAAAAGUGAAAUGUUAAGAACAAUAGUAGCACUAAAUGCUGUUGUAAACAGCUGAUUUACAAUUGUUCUACCUAUACAUAUAAAGUAAAAUUUAGCAGUAAUAAAGUAAGGGCGUGUGUACGAGUAUUGUGUGUAUUGAUUAUAAAAAUACUAGAAUUACAAGUAUUUGCCAUUAAACUGCUGAUUUGCGAAUUAGUCUAGUGUGAACACCAACAUAGUAAACACACGCAGAACUGUAGCUAUCGAACCUUAAAGGUAUACACUCCUUUCCACUCGACUGUAAAUCCCAAAUGUGACGCGAUAUUAACACCGUUGCAUGCCAAAGUUUCUCUAUCCGAUCUAAUAUUGUGAUCAAAUUGAAAGCUGACUUUCCAAACAAACAAACUUCGCGGCGAUAUUGGUUUGAAGAAAUAUUUUUUUUUAAGUUUAUUAUUUAAUGUUCAUGCUUACCUGGUCAACAAUUCGAUUCGUAACGAUGUAGUUGUUGUUCUAGCAGCAUAGACAUUCCCCACGCAUGCACGGAGAAUGCUGCUGCAGUGACAAUUCUUGGUCGGAUAUAAAACUGCAAUUAGUGGUGUCGUACCGUAGCCAUAACCGUAGCCAUAUCAAUCAGUUGAUCUGAUCAAACAUAUGGGCAUCACUGCGAACGAUUAUAAGUGCCGCACCAUAACGCCAUAACCAUAACCGUAGCCGUAGAUAUCUAUUGAAGCGUAAGCAGCUGUGAAAUACUUAACAUUUGUUUGAAUAUUUGCGAUACAAAUUUGAAUAUUAGAAACCAACGACGAAAAAUUACUUGACUUAGCAGAGAAUUAUUCAUAUUUUUAUCGCAAAAUGCAAAUGUUUUCAUUAAUUUUACUUCAAUAUCAGCUGUUUAUGGUUACGGAAUGUCUAAUCGACAAUUGCUGUAAUGUUGUGGCUAUGGCAUAACUUACGGCUAUGGCGUUAUGGCUACGGUACCACUAAUUGCAGCUUAAAUCCGGGUCGUUCUGGUAACGUAGAACCGACUGUUGUAGGAACGUCGGCCGCGAAGACUUCAUUCAGCCCCAAUGUGGCUUCUAAUUAUUCAAUAAGGUAGCGCAAAUGCCACAAAAAAGGCAUAUAAAAGGAGUCUCGCAAAUUGCGACGUGAACUGCCGAGUUUAGCAAAUGUUUCGGCAAUUGGAAACAACUUUGACACAAGUGUUUAUUAUUUGGUUUUUGGUUUUUUGUAGGACGCUUAUUUUGUAAGCGGCGAGCAAAAUGACUUUUCAAGAAUAAAAAAAUAUUUUAAAAUAAAGAAAAAAAAACUAUUCACCUUUCAAUUUGAUCAUAGUAGCAUACAAAACUUUUUACUUCUUUAUUUUGGCAAAGGCAUCGUGCAACUCCAUAUGCAAAGCUACCUUUAUGAUUAUUAUUAUAUUAUUAAUUCUUUAUGCUAUUUUCUUUAUGCAAUCAUGUACUAUAUUAAAAGAAAAAUAUGAUUAAAUAAUAUUAGAAUAUAAUGCAAAUUGAAAUAAUAAUAAUAAUAAAAAAAAUUCAUACGAA